GUCAGAGAAAGUGUGCCUUUGUCCUCUAGCUGAGGACGAACAGACCGGUCCUCCGCUUUGCUAAUUAGCCUGCGUUGGUUCCCUGCAGACACAGGGGGAGAGGGUGCAGCGCAGCUAGCUGCAAGCGGAGAGGUUUAAAAGGGUGUGAGUGAGGGGCUUGCGUUAACGCCAACAAUCGUCCGGACGUUUGUCUUGUUAAACCGACGAUAGGAUAGCCCUCAUGGAAGCCUUUCUCCGAUAGGAUCAUCCCUCUACCCCCCCGUCGGACCCUCGCUCGAAUUAGACUCUCGGGCGCUGUCCUCGCUGGGGGGUGCCGAACCGUCACCCCGUCCAACGAGCUGCAGGAAGCAGUUCGGACUCCUGGCUCUCACCCCGCCUCGCCUGUCGCCCCCGGUCGAGCCCGAACAUGGCAGGGAAUCUGAAGAAAGGCGGAGGGCUCAUCGGGAUGAUGAAGGAUGCGUUUCAGCCCCACCAUCACCACCUCCACUCCCAUCACCAGCCCGGGGCCGUUGACAAAAAGACAGUGGAGAAAUGUUGGAAGCUGAUGGACAAGGUGGUGCGGCUGUGCCAGAACCCAAAGUUGGCCUUGAAGAACAGCCCCCCUUACAUCCUGGACCUGCUGCCUGACACCUACCAGCACCUGCGCACCAUCCUGUCCCGCUAUGAAGGAAAAAUGGAGACGCUGGGGGACAAUGAGUACUUCCGGGUCUUCAUGGAGAACCUAACUAAGAAGACCAAGCAGACCAUCAGCCUAUUCAAGGAGGGCAAGGAACGCAUGUAUGAGGAGAAUUCACAACCCAGACGGAAUCUGACAAAGUUGUCGCUGAUCUUCAGCCACAUGCUGGCUGAGCUGAAGGCCAUCUUCCCCAACGGCCUGUUUCAGGGUGAUAACUUCCGCAUCACCAAGGCAGAUGCUGCAGAGUUCUGGAGACGCGCCUUUGGGGACAAGACCAUUGUGCCUUGGAAAGUCUUCCGUCAGUCACUUCAUGAGUUCCAUCCAAUAAGCUCUGGGCUGGAGGCCAUGGCUCUGAAGUCCACCAUAGACCUCACCUGUAACGACUACAUCUCUGUCUUUGAAUUUGACAUCUUCACCAGGCUGUUCCAGCCAUGGUCGUCUCUGCUGCGGAACUGGAACAGCUUGGCAGUGACCCAUCCGGGGUACAUGGCCUUCCUCACUUACGAUGAGGUCAAGGCACGUCUGCAGAAGUUCAUCCACAAGCCUGGCAGUUACAUCUUCCGUCUGAGCUGCACACGGCUGGGCCAGUGGGCAAUUGGCUACGUAACGGCAGAUGGAAACAUACUCCAGACCAUUCCCCACAAUAAACCCCUCUUCCAGGCCCUCAUUGAUGGCUUCAGGGAAGGAUUCUAUUUGUUCCCUGAUGGGCGAACCCAGAACCCAGACCUGACAGGACUGUGUGAGCCUUCGCCUCAGGACCACAUCAAAGUCACACAGGAGCAAUAUGAGCUGUAUUGUGAGAUGGGUUCCACCUUCCAGCUGUGUAAGAUCUGUGCCGAGAAUGACAAGGAUGUGAAGAUUGAACCCUGUGGUCAUCUCAUGUGUACUUCCUGUCUCACUGCCUGGCAGGAGUCGGAAGGUCAAGGAACAGGAUGCCCUUUCUGUCGCUGUGAGAUCAAGGGCACCGAACCCAUUGUGGUGGACCCCUUUGACCCCAAGGACAAUAGCGGGGGCUCCUACGGAGGCUGCAGGGGCAUGUUCGGGGCUGAGGGCGCCCCCUCUCCCAGUUACGAUGACGAUGACGAUGACCGGCUAGACGACCCCCACCUCAUGAUGAGUAAAUUGGCUUGUGCCAAGGUAGAGCGUCCACCUUCACCCAUGUCCCUCACCCCCCAGUCCUCCUUGCCCCCCGUACCCCCCAGGUUAGACCUCCUACAGCACAGACCUCCCAACCCCCCUGGCGCCUCCAGCCCAGGGGUCACCACCAAGGCGGGGUCCCACCACAAAGACAAGCCUCUCCCCCUGCCCCCAGCACUGAGGGAUCUACCUCCUCCUCCACCGCCAGACCGGCCACAUUCCGCAGGGACUGGCCCUGAUGGGCGGCUCCAGAGGCGGCCAUUACCCUGCACCCCUGGGGAGGCCUCAAGAGACAAGCUGCCUCCAGCGCCCCCCAACCGCCCCAUGGCUGACUGGAACUCCAGGCCUGUUCCUAAGGCCCCAACUUCCACCUCCUCUUCCUCUGCCUCCUCCUCCUCCUCUACCCAGGUGUCCGGUCUUGGAGGGGACGUUCGAGCUGGAGUCCGAGAACUGUCCAAUCGACACUCCCUCCCCCUCGCGCUGCCCUCCACCCUGGACACGCGCAUGGAUGCACAGAAGAACAACAGCUCCCCCAGCCUGGACCACCAGCUGAGUUUUACAGCUGCCAUUGUACAGGAAUAUGACAACCCCAAAGUAAAGCCCUCAGCCUCAGCCAAUGCCAUCUACGCUCUGGCAAACAGACCACCUCAGGCCCUGAGGCCAGUGGCAGGAGAGCAGACGGGUGAGAGUGAUGAGGAAUCGGAGUAUAUGAUUCCUUCCUCCCGCCCUGUGUUGCCCCCCAUUGCCACCCCUACUGUAGGGGAGACUCCACCGGUCCCCAGGCUUCCGCAGACCCAACCUUCAGUCCCCCUCCAGACACAAACCCAGGCCCAGGCCUGCGUUCUCAACUCACGGCUGACCCAGGCUGAACUAGAUGAUGGACCCCAGAUGUAUGAAGCCAUGUACAACAUUCAGGCCCAAGCCCUAACAGCCUCUCUACCACACCAGGCCAGGGACUCAGAUUAUUCCGAGCUACCCCCUCCUCUGGCCUUGACCAAUGGUCCCCGGGACCCCGCAGGUGAGGGGGGAGAGGAGGAAGAGAAUGGAUACGACUUUCCUAAAUCCUGGCUUCCUGUGGCCCCUACACGACGGCCACCAUCAGAGAUAGGGGGCUCAUCGUCCUCUUCCUCAUCCUCUUCUUCGUGCUCAUCCUCUUUAGCUGCCUUCGGCCGCCUCUCUUUAGACGCAGAUGCUGGAGCAGCAGCACAAUUCUCAGAGUCAAGUGAAGCGCCAGAGAGACCUCCGAAGCCCCUGCCCAGACGAAUUAACUCAGAGCGCCGACCGAGCCCUGUUCCACCUGUCCCUGUCCCACCUGUUCUUGGGGCAACAGGGGGAGGUGGUGGAGCUAAUCCCCAGAUCAGUAGUGAGAUUGAACACCUGAUGAGCCAGGGUUACUCCUACCAGGACAUCCAGAAAGCAUUGAUGAUUGCACAGAACAAUAUUGAGAUGGCCAAGAACAUCCUACGUGAGUUCGUCUCCAUUCCCUCCACCGCACAUAUUCUUACAUAGCAUACUCUUCUUAUGUCUCUCUCACGUUCGCACUCUUGCCCAAGCUUGGCCCUGCCCGGGUAGGUUCAGUUUGGCACAGCCCAGCCCCAACCCUGCUCAGCCCAAAGCUCAUUGCCUGCAGCACUGCCUCUAGUGCUGGCUGAUGCUCUGUGCCCCUGUGGAUUUUAACUGGCUGUCCUUCGUGAGCUCACAGCCACUGUGGGACUUUGUGCCCUGCACUCCACGCGCUUUCGACAGUGUCUGGCCUCAUUUAAACUGUGCUACAGCAGGCCCUUUCUCCAAGUAAAUAUCUCUAGGACUGAGUAAACAGGUGUGGAACGAUGAAAGGAGAGUACAUGAUGGAAGACGCUCGUACCGAACCUUGUAAGACCAAUUCAUAUGCUCCAUUUUGAAGCCUCUUGCUGAAAAUGUAACCAACACCUCACAAGCAAAACUAAAAUGUAUGUCAAUAUGAAAGUUUAAUAUAUGAGUAAAUAUAUAUUAAAUGUGUAUAAUAUAUACGUACAUAUACAGUAUGUGAAAAGGAGUUCAGCUCCGUUUUGCUGUCAGUACAAGUGACAUGGAUGGACAAGGAGCAGGUCAAGGGGGGCUCUUUCAAACCCUCUAUCUGAGUAAGAUAUUCCUUACCACCAUAGGUGCUUUCCACUCAAAAAAAAGGAGAGAAGACAAGUACCAUUGUGGAAGAGGAGGGGUGGUGAGGUCCUCCUCACUUUAUCAGUUUUUUUAGCAGUUGCUCACCAGACAUACAGCUGAACUUUACAGUCCCGGCUCGGCCUCUUAUGGCUUUUGAUAAAUGAUUGCUUUGGUACCUUUUUAUUUUCUAAGGAAAAAAAUGUAUUUGUCAUGUUGUAGCAUGAUAUUGGUUGACUGUUGGGCAGCCCAGGUUGGUGAUGUGUGUGUGUGUGUGUGUGUGUCUGUGUGUCUGUGUGUUUGAACAAGUGCACAUGUAUGCGUGCACUUGCAAGGAACCUCACACUUGCCAGAGCUGAUCUUCAAAAUCCCGUUUUCAGACAAACCCCUUCUCUUGUACAACAUGAAUGUGGAAUCGCAGUAUAGUAGAAUACUCCUACUUUGUAAACGUACUACUACUCCUAACUCAUGUGGCAGAGUCUAGUGUAGCUAUACAUAGAGUCUGGUGUUAAACAAAGAGAGUGUCCCCAUGUUGACAACCCUGCAGCAAAAGACAGGCUAGCAUUCUGUGAUCUGUGUCUGCUGAAACACUCUGUCUCACUUCCCCUCUGACUCAUUGACCGCUAUGGGUUUCAGUUUAUAACAGCCCAGUUCAAUGUUGUGAAGCAAACAAGGAAAAGAAAAAAACAUGUCAUUGAUUUACUUUGAUAAUAUAUUAUUGUAAUAUGAUCAUAAAUACUGUUAUGAUUAAUUCAGAAGUGCUUCACUGCUGCUACUAUUGUUAGUGCUAAACAAUUAAGCCUUAAAUGUACAUUUGUGAAUAAUUGUGUUUAACCAUCUUUUCUUUUCUUUAUAGUGACAGUAUCAUUGGUGUUUCUCCAGACAGUAAUGUAGCAUACUUGAAAGUCCGAGCAGUUUGUGAACCCUCAGCCUCUCAAGCUGACUUCUCUUCAGUGUUGUAAACCUUUUUUUUUUUUACAGUUAUGUCUCUACAGGUUAGACUCAGCAUAGCAGCAUACACUUGCUCAACUUGAAAGCAAACUAAAUGAAUGGAAUAUGAUGAUUAGGCAUGUAAUUAUUCAUUCAGGCAUCUGCUUGGAGUGUGCCCUGUUGAAAGGGAGUAUAAAAGUAGGCUCAUGGGUUUGCUGGCCCACUGCCCAAUCUACAUUUUAAAUCAGUAUUUGGGCCAAAUGUAAGAAGUAACUCAGGAAUAAUUUGCAUCCAAACUAGUGGCUUUCACCCCGGCUGUCCUGGCUAGACCGUAUUAUGUCAGAUGAGAUGAAAAAAUUGCCACACAAAACAUCGGCAUUGAUAGCAGUUGUAACACUUGCUGCCAUUGAACCAUGCCCAAGCAGGGGACAUGUGGCCAAAAAUAUCCACGCAAUGAAGUCACACAAGUAGCCUAUCUAUAUAUUUAUAUAUACUUUUUUUUUUAAUCACAAAAUAACUUGCACAUUUUACUUAUUUCCCAUGUUCAGGACAAGGGACAGCAGUUUGAUUUCUAGGUACUAUGGAUGGAUGGAUGAAUGAAUGGAUAAAUGAAUGAAUGCAAUGAGCUUUUGAUUUACUUUGACUGCCUCUCCCAGCAUAUGAAGAAUGUUAAUGGGUGUAAAUCGAGUCAAUAGCUUGUUGGCCCUAGCUUUUAUUGUACAAUGCUGUCUUUUGACUGGAACGUAUCUCUUUGUGCUGUCUGGCCAUGUUCUCUCUGUUCCUAGUUGCCUUGAGAAACUCAUUGAAAAACCUUUUCAAUGCAUUGUUAUAAUAGACAGUGGAUGGGGAGGAUUGUUCUGAAGCACUCCCAGUCCCUUGGAUCAUAAAUACUGUACCAAUGUUCUCUUGAUGUUCUGAGACAUGUAUGUCUUUGUCAUGUGUUAUUUACCUUUUUUUUCAAACAGUAUACCAGUUUUGUUAAGUGCUAUGAUACUGUCACUCUAAAGAAAAGCAAAUUGUAUAAAGUUACUGACGUAAAAGAAAUGGCUAUAUUUUAUUUCAUUUUGCAUUCCUGUACAUGUCAGAAUUUAAUUAUUUUGUUCCAAAGGUUUUGUUUACGUUUGUGAAUAACAAUGUGAGCAGUGCCAUAUGUUGAGAAUUUUUAGCAGGUCCCUCUCCGUUGUAUGAUAAGGCCUCGUUUCUGAAGGGUACGUCGGUAUUGUGCAGUGCCCGUUUUAACCGCUAUGGGGAAGAUGUCCCAGUAUUGUUUCUGUUGAUCUGUCCACUCUGCCUUGUCAGUGGCAUCAACGCUCAUAUGAGAGCACAAGCGCUGAUCUCUAUAAUGAAUAGGCCUCAGGUUUAUUUAAACCAUCUCAGUCACAAUUCCCUGAAAAGUAAAAACAGAUCGAGGUCAGAACUGCUCCUCAGACGAUGCUCGGUCUAGUCCGUCAUCUCCAGAAGAGGGAGCCAUUGUUCCAUGUUGCCAUGCCGCUUUUCAUCAGUCAAAUGAAUUUCAUUAACUUUUUGAUGGUUUUUAAUGCUCAUAUCAAUUUGGAAGUAUGCACCGUGCUGUUAAUAAAAUGAGAAGCAAA